AUGAUGUCGCUCGUUUGGCUGUGCGUAAUUGCGCUUUGGUUGGAUUUCGCCGUGGGGAGCAGAAACUGUCCGGACGUGAUCGUGGAGAGCUGUCACUGCGACGUGGAGAGGUCCAAGGAGCUGAGCCGGCAGCAGCAGCCCCAGCGCGUGAAAGUGGUGUGUGAUGACGCAGAGCUCAUGGACACGCUGCACCCGAGUUUUCUGCCCAACCGGACCGUGUUACUGAACUUGAGCAAUAACAAGAUCACGCUGUUGAGAAAUGGCUCCUUCCUGGGUCUGGGGGCACUGGAGAGACUGGACCUGAAGAAUAAUUUGAUAAGUACAGUGGAGCCCGGGGCCUUUCGUGGUCUGCUGACGCUGCGGAGGCUGGAUCUGUCCCGUAACCGGAUUGGCUGCCUCGCUCCUGAAAUGUUCCUGGAUCUGGGCAGCCUCUCAAAACUGAAUCUCUCUGGAAAUAUCUUCUCAACGUUGCACAUUGGACUCUUCACGCACCUGUUGGCUCUCAAAGUGCUACACUUUAAAACAGAGACGUUGUUCUGUGACUGUCAGCUUCAGUGGCUUCUGCUUUGGGCCAAGUCAAACUCAGUGCGGAUUGGAAAUGACACCACCUGUACUUUCCCCACCCACCUGCACGGACUGGAGUUCAGGAACCUCCGGGAGCACCAGCUACGAUGUGAUGGCGCCCUGGAGCUGCCCCUCUUCCAGCUCAUCCCCUCCCAGAGACAGCUGGUGUUCCAGGGGGACCGGCUGCCCCUCCAGUGCACCGUGUCCUACUUGCACCCACACAUGGAGCUGCGCUGGAGCCACAACGGGCACCCGGUGAGCACCCACGAGGAGAGGGGCGUGAGCGUGGAGGAGAGCGUCAUCCACGACUGCAGCCUCAUCACCAGCGAGGUGGUCCUGUCCAACAUCGACGUGUCUCUGGCCGGGACCUGGGAGUGUCUCGUGUCCAGUCUCCGUGGUAACAGCUCUAAAGGGAUGGAGAUCGUCGUCCUGGAAACGUCAGCGCCAUAUUGUCCCGCCGACCGAGUCACCAACAACAAGGGCGACUUUAGGUGGCCCAAGACAUUAGCUGGCAUCCUGGCGUUUUUGCCCUGUGCCCCUGCGACCUUUGGCUCCGCCCCUCACCCCUCAGGCCACACCCCUCACUCGUCCCGCUCGAGGGGGGAGAGAAAGGAGAAGAAGGCCUGGAGGAGGUGCGACCGCUUGGGCCGCUGGGCAGAGGACGACUACACCCAGUGUCCCUACGCCAGCGAGCUGACCAGAGUGCUGCACGAACUCACUCAGAUCUCAGUGAACACCAGUAAUGCUCAGCCACUGGGGAAGCAGUUGGUGGCGUUCACCAGCAGGGCGGCGCACUUCACUGACGUCAUGGAUGUCAUCUUCGUCACUCAUCUGGUGGAGAGGCUGACCAGGCUGCUGGGCAAACACAGAGAUCUGGGGGACUAUAUUUCCGACAUCGCCAGUAACAUGAUGCAGGUGGAGGAGCACAUUUUGUGGAUGGCCCAGACCGAAGCGCGCGCCUGCACCAGGAUAGUGCAGUGUGUGGAGAGGAUCGCUGACCUGGCGCUGGCCUCUGACAACCAGGUCAUUUCUAAGGUUUCUGCUAACAUCGCUCUGGAGGCCUUCCUGAUCCGUCCCUCUAACAUCCUGGGCCUGUCCUGUACCGUGCACCAGCGCCCCUCUCCCUCGGGUGCCUCUCCGAUACGGGACAUCCCAUCACAUUUAAGCCACGGGGACCGGGACUCACGCAUAUCCCACGGCGAGCGGGACUCAGGAAGAAGACUGGACUCUCCGGGAGAAUCACUGCUCAAAUUCAAAUGUCACACGGUGAACAGCAGCAGCAGCAGCAGCAGCUCGGCCACCAACCAGCUCCACAAGAACUCAGUGGCAGUCGCCUCUAUCCAUUUACCGCUGGCUGGUCCGCCUAUCUCCUCCUCUGCGUUGCAAUCUGUUGAUAACUCCACUUGCAGGCUGCAGUUUAUCGUGUUUCGCAAUGGGAAACUCUUCCCCUGCACCGGGAAUUCUUCAAACCUCGCGGACGAUGGCAAGCGUAGGAGCGUUUCGACACCAGUUGCUUUCACCAAAUUAGAUGGCUGCAGCAGCCUCCGGAGCGCCGUGCACUCCUCCGUGACCAUCGCUCUGAGGCACUUCGCGCUGGGUGUCGACCCCACCGCAGCCUACUGGGACUUUGACCUGCUGGAUGGGCACGGCGGCUGGAGAGCAGAGGGCUGCCACAUAACGGGCACCGGGGGCAAUACGAGCACCAUUCACUGCAGCCUGCACCACAACAACUUUGCUGUGCUAAUGGAUCUGAAGAAGGUGCUGUCAUUUCCGCAGUACCCCGGGGAGUUCCUUCACCCGGUCGUCUAUGCCUGCACUGCGGUCAUGCUCCUCUGCCUCUUCGCCUCCAUCAUCACCUACAUCGUGCACCACAGUGCGAUCCGGAUUAGCCGAAAAGGAUGGCACACGCUGCUAAACUUCUGCUUCCACACGGCCCUGACCUUCGCGGUGUUCGCAGGAGGCAUCAAUCGAAUCAAGUACCCCAUCAUCUGUCAGGCGGUGGGGGUGGUGCUGCACUACUCGUCUCUAUCCACCAUGCUGUGGCUCGGGGUCACGGCUCGAAACAUCUACAAACAGGUGACGAAGAAGCCCGCGCAGAUCCAAGACGGAGACCCCCCGCCGCCUCCUCCAUCUCCGCUCCGACAGCCACUGCUCCGAUUUUAUUUAGUCAGUGGUGGGGUGCCCCUCAUCAUCUGCGGGGUCACUGCAGCCGUCAAUAUAGACAACUAUGGCAGCGGGGAGCAGGCGCCGUACUGCUGGAUGGCCUGGGAGCCCAGUCUGGGGGCCUUCUUUGGCCCCGUGGCAUUCAUCGUCCUGGUCACCUGUAUCUACUUCACCUGCACCUUCAUCCAGCUGCGGAAGCACCCGGAGAAGAAGUACGAGCUGAAGACACUCUCAGAGGAGCAGCAGCGCCUGGCAGCUGUGGAUGUACCUCACUGCCACCAGGGGGCGGAGCCGGGGGCUCUGACCGCCCCGGCCCCUGGGAGCCACUGUCCCGCGGGCUGCCCCGGCAUCCCCAUCAACCCCGCGCUGUUGGCCAAUGAGCACUCGUUUAAGGCGCAGCUGCGGACCGCCGCCUUCACGCUCUUCCUGUUUGUGGCCACGUGGACGCUGGGGGCGCUGGCCGUGUCUCAGGGUCACUUCCUGGACAUGAUCUUCAGCUGUUUGUACGGUGCCUUCUCCGUCACGCUCGGCCUCUUCAUCCUCAUCCAUCACUGCGCCAAGCGUGACGACGUGUGGCACUGCUGGUGCUCCUGCUGCCCCAGUCGCCGUGGUAACGCCUGCCCCGCCCCCCAGGGCGCGGCAGCUGCUCCCCGACCAAAGGUCAACGUGAACGGCGACACGACGGGUCACGUGCCCUGUCACGGCCACUGUCACCAUGACGUGUCUGCGUGUAAGGCUCUGCUCAGCUGCCACUGUAAACACCAGAAGCAUGUGUCGUGUGUGGCCCCUGUGGGCCCCUGCUGCGCCGCCCUGCACACUCAGCAGCUCCUGGACCAGGAGCCCGGGGCCUCUCACGUCCUGCUGCACUCAGAACCAGAGGGCUACAGGCCCGGCCUCCACCCCUGUCUAAAGACCAGCGGCAGGACUAAGAGCCGCAGCCUCGGCCGCAGGCCCGCCGCUGCCCCCUGUGGCGGAGAGCGGGAGUACGCCUACCACAUCUCGUCGGGCGGAGACGCGGGCAGCGUGCACAGCUCCCACACUGACAGCCCUCACAGCACACACGAGCGGCACGCCCACAUGUGCCCUCACCUGCACGAGCACGAGGCUCAUCACAGCUGCCACGCAGCCUGCCACGCCCCCUGUCACCGGCACAUGUGCUGUGCCAAAGCGGAGCUGUUCCCCUCGCUGUGCCCCGCAGAGCCCGACACGGGCGUGUUUCUGUGCGGCUGUGGGAAGGUGGCCGAGGAGGAGGCCCCUCACCAUCUGGAGAUGCACGCUGCGCCACGCAGACAAUCUUUCCCCCAGAACCCGCCCAAUCAGAACGGGAUACUAAAGGGCGGGCUGCACGAAGGACUGCUGUACACAUCUGACAGCACAGGGAAUAUACGCACUGGGCCCUGGAAGAAUGAAACUACUGUGUAG